CUCUCACAAUACUAGUGCAAAUAAAUUUAUUUUCCCAUGAUGGAGGAACAUGCUUUAGCUUUUGCUCUUAAUAAUAAGCUAUUGCUUUUGCUAGUGUUGUUUUUGUUUUCCUUUCUCACACGUUCUUCACUUUCAGAAAUCAUUUUUGAAGAGCGCUUUGAAGAUGGGUGGCAAAGUCGUUGGGUUAAAUCAGAUUGGAAAAAGAGUGAAGGAAAAGCAGGUUCUUUUAAACAUACGGCUGGAAAGUGGUCUGGAGAUCCUGAUGAUAAGGGUAUUCAGACAUCCGCUGAUGCCAAACAUUAUGCUUUAUCUGCAAAGUUACCAGAGUUCAGCAACAAGAACAGAACAUUGGUCCUCCAAUACUCUAUAAGAUUUGAGCAGGAUAUUGAAUGUGGUGGUGGUUACAUAAAGCUUCUUUCUGGGUUUGUCAAUCAAAAGAAAUUUGGAGGGGACACUCCAUACAGUUUAAUGUUUGGACCAGAUAUAUGUGGCACACAGACAAAGAAGCUUCAUGUUAUACUCUCCUACCAGGGCCAAAAUUACCCCAUCAAGAAGGAUUUGGAAUGUGAAACAGACAAGCUUACUCAUUUCUACACAUUUAUUCUUAGGCCUGAUGCAACAUAUAGCAUCCUGAUUGACAAUCGGGAGAGAGAUUCUGGAAGCAUGUAUGUAGAUUGGGAUAUUCUUCCCCCACGGAAAAUUAAGGAUGUCAAGGCAAAAAAGCCUGCAGACUGGGAGGAUAGGGAAUAUAUUGAUGAUCCUAAUGAGGUUAAACCUGAGGGAUAUGAUUCAAUUCCAAAAGAAAUUCCAGACCCAAAAGCUAAAGAGCCUGAUAACUGGGAUGAUGAAGAGAAUGGUGCGUGGAAACCCCCAAAGGUACCUAAUCCAGCGUAUAAAGGACCAUGGAAGCCCAAGAAAAUUAAGAACCCCAAUUAUAAAGGAAAAUGGAAGACUCCUUGGAUUGAUAAUCCAGAGUUUGAAGAUGACCCUGAUCUUUAUGUGCUUAAGCCAAUUAAGUAUGUAGGAAUUGAGGUUUGGCAGGUAAAGGGUGGGUCAGUUUACGACAAUGUUUUGAUCUGUGAUGACCCAGAUUAUGCAAAACAAGUUGUGGAAGAAGUAUUUGCAAACAGGGAGAUUGAAAAAGAGGCCUUUGAGGAAGCAGAGAAAGUGAGAAAAGCACAAGAGGAAGAGGAAGCUCAAAGAGCAAGAGAAGAAGGUGAAAGGAGGAGAAGAGAGCGGGGUUAUGAUCGACGGUACAGGGAUAGAUAUAAGGACAGAUACAGAAGGGACCGUCGUGAUUACAUGGAUGAUUACCAUGAUGAGCUUUGAUGGAGAUAUCAGCCUUUCUCUUGCCCUAUCCUUGUUGACAGGAGCUUUGAUAGUCAGCAUCAUGUCUUUUGGUAUCUAUUGUCAGAGUUUUUUGUUUUUGGCUCCUUCUUGUAAUGCAGUUUGUAGAAAAUCUUCAUCAAAAUAAUGUUAUUUUAGUUUUGUUUCCCAUAA